AUGAAACAAACGAAUUUGAUUAGUGCUUUCUUAGCAACUCUUCUCGUAUCUUUUACCCUUACCAAAGGUGCACCAGUUAAUAAGACUUCAUUUGAUAAAUUUGUCGUAUUUGGAGAUUCGAUUUCGGCAUCAAAUGGAUUGAUUCCAAGCGGCCGUUAUUUUGACGGACGAUUUUCGGAUGGUUUAAUAUGGUGUGAUUGGUUUACCUUAUCAAUAAAUGCAACCAUGGAAAAUUUUGCUUUUGGUGGUGCGGGUGUUGAUUCUGAUUUGAUUGCACCUAGUCAAAUAAUAUCUUUCAACUUUACUAUGAUUAUACCGGGAAUCAAACAGCAGGUUGACUCGUUUCUCGCUAGUGCCAAUAAAAAUAACGAUUAUACUAAUUCUUUGUUCUCUCUUUGGCCAGCCGGAAAUGAUUAUCUCUCUCUAGAUUUUAAUUUAAACCCCGCAAUAGUAGUGAAUUCAUUAUCCACCUCGAUACAAAGGUUAAUUACAACCGUGGGAGCGCGUUAUUUUUUGAUAAUGAACAUGGCUGAUGCGAGAAAAUCCCCUAGAUUUAGUUCAAAAUCAAAUGAAUUCAAGGAACUAAUAAAUACAACCAUACUCCGACACAAUGAAUUACUUUCCACUAUGGUUACCAACUUAUCAAAAGAACAUGAUAUACAAAUAUAUUUUAUUAAUUCUUACGAAAUAUUCGAUCGAGACAUGACUAUUGAAGGACAGCGUUCAUUAGGUAUAACUAAUAUCGUUGAUUCUUGCGAAACUAUGCCCUUCUUUUCCACUCAAAAAUGUGAUGGAUAUUUCUGGUUUGAUGAUGUACAUCCCACCAGGGUUGUUCAUAAAGCUUUAGCCGACGAGAUUGCUAAUCAACUUCUUAAAUAG